UCUAAAUAUCUCACCUCAUUCCACAGCUGGAUUUUGAGAUAAACUGUGGACAUGAUGAUAUUUGUGUUGAUGACCUCAGGAUGGAUUUCAAUUUCUCUGGGGCUACAAACAUAGAGGUUGGGAUAAUGCAGGAGAUCAAUGUGACAGUGUUUGUAGAUAACAGAGAAGAAAACUCAUUCAACACCCACUUCACCCUCAAAUACCCCUUUGGACUUUCCUACAGGAGAAUCACAUCUAAACAGAGCAGAGUGGAGUGUGAAUCUCUUGACAGUGAGCAAAGAGGUUCAUUUGGAGAAACCACCUGCCACAUCAGUAAACCCAUCCUCAAGCACAACGCUCAGGCUGUGUUUCUUAUUACAUACAGCAUCAUUAAAGAAGGCACCUUUGAUCAAAGUUUGAAUUUCACUGCUCAGAUCAACAGUGGGAAUGACCAACACUCUCAAACCAGUCAGUUAUUCAGACAGAAGAGCAUUGGUGUCAAAUAUGCCAUUAGCAUUGCCUUAAUAAGACAUGAAGAUUCAAGCCUCCACAUUCAUUUUACUGCACAGAAAAAUGAUUCUGAUAAACCAGUCAAACAGAUCCUAAAGGUUGAAAAUGAUUUUAGAGAAUUAACUUUCAAAGUUUUUAUCAGAGUACCAGUGAUUCUGGGAGAUAAAUUCAUCUGGACUGACAAAAAUUUUCUGAUUCCAGACUGUGUGAAACAGAGGGAAGAGCAGCCGAUUGUAACCAAUUUUGUGGAAGUACUUAAAAAGGAUCAUGUGGUGAACUGCUCUGUGGCGGUGUGUGCCGUGUUCAGCUGUGAUGUCAAUCUCAUAAAGAAUGAAAGGAAACUCUAUUAUAUAUCUGGCAAUGUGAGCUCUGGAUGGAUUGAGCAGACUGGACUCAGAGCUGCUGUGUUUGAGUUGAUCAGUUCAGCGUCACUGGAAUACGACGAGAGCAAAUAUAUUUUCUUUUCCUCUGAUUCUCAACACACCGCACCGUCUCUCCAGAUUAAUACUCAAGUGGAGGUGUAUGAGGACGUGAACCUGACCAAAGAGAUCAUUGGAGGGGUGAUAGGAGGACUGGCUGUCCUCACAGCAGCCUUCUAUAAGGCUGGGUUCUUCAAAAGCCAGUACAAGCAGAUACUGCUGGAGGCACAGCGGGAUGCAGGAAGAGAACCAAACAUGACACAAUAAUGUGCAUUCAAAUAGUUAUAAGAUAUAUAUGUACCGAUUGUGUUUUGUGGGCUUGAGAAUGAAACAUGAAUAUAUUUAACGCCUCAGUGUAGCAAAAUAUUUCAGCCUGAUUUAGAACAAUUUAUGAGAAUAAAAAAAGUGGUCAAAUUUUGAGCUUAUUUCAUAUUGUCAGAGUUAUGUUCAGUUUUGUCAUUCUUAAGUAAUUAAUUAGGUAACAAGUGAACACAAUGAUCAGACACAGGGAAACUAAGUCAACUUAAGAAUGACAAAACUGAUCGUAACUCUGAUACAUAUCACUUCUAAUGACUGAGUAUAAACUCUUUUCUUCACAUGCACAUGGUUUUUGAGAUUUUUUUAUUAUUAGGUUUCUUCAGAUUUUCAUAAUAAGGAUUUACU